AUAACAAUACAGCAGUGUGGUAUAGAUAGAUGAAUAGAUGGAAACAUAGGUGAAUAAGAAUGAUAACCAUGCGCGUAGAAAACAUAAUAGAGGACAAGAAAGGAACAAGAUAUGGCUGGKUCUGAAGAAACGUAUAAAAUGCUUCUACGAAGGCAUAGAGGAACGUUAAUCAAUAAAAAUAGACAUCUUAUCGGUUAAUCGGAAAUAUAUCCAUUUCCAAGUAGUGGGAGAUAAAAUUAAGUAGUUGAGAAGAAGAAAGCAACUCGAACGGUUUAUAUGCUCGUAUUGUAAGAAAAGAUAAAGGAUAGAAGAAUGAACAAAAAAGAACGGAAGAAGAAAUAUUAAAAAAGAAAAAAAAAGAAACAAGAAAGAGAAAAAAUUAAAAUAGAACACAUUUGAAGCAUAUGAAAUUUUUAAAGCGAACAAUUGGCCGGCCUGCAGGGAUUUGGCAGUUGCCCCAAGAUGGCGGACUCGGUUGGCGUGCAACGGGCACGAUCUGAAAAGUAUCGAGAACGCGAGAAAUUCGUGAUCCUGUGUUAAACCGGGAGUACCAAGGACACUCAUAGAAAGAAGAAUAUUCGGUGAGAAGAAGGGAUCGCUCAGACACGAGAGGAAUAAAAUUGUACUUGUAAAAGGUACGAAAUGAGUUCAGUAAUUGUGACCGCUUCGCAUUAUCCCUUUGGAAAAUCUUGGGAAAGUAAAUACAUGUGCCAGCCUAUGCCGCAUCACUUAUUUCAGAGUACGUUUUCUCGUAUCUAAGAAAAUAAUCUAAAAAAAAAUCAGCGUUAGAAUAGACGAAUAAAAAAGAAACAAACAGGAAAAAUCUAUUUUAAUCGGUUGAAAGUGAAAAAAGUCAACAAAACAAAACCAAAGCAGACUAAAGAAAAACAUUAAUAGGUAAAACGAGAAAAAAAAGGAAUAAAAUUAAUAAAAUUAUAAAAUUAAAAGGAUAAAGUAAGAAAGACAUGGCCACGAUGGCUGGUAGUGAAUACACAUCCGUCAAGGAUUUCUAUAGAGAUCGUUCAAUCUUUAUAACUGGUGGUACCGGUUUCAUGGGCAAAGUCCUUGUUGAGAAGCUGCUACGUUCAUGUCCGGGUAUAAAAAAUAUUUAUUUGCUCAUGAGGCCAAAAAAUGGACAAGAUGUGCAGCAAAGGUUGCAAGAACUCCUCGAUGUACCGUUAUUUGAAAAGCUACGACGUAGUUUCCCUCGUGCGCUUUCAAAAAUCGUGCCUGUAGCAGGAGAUGUUACGGAACAAGAUCUCGGCAUCUCGGAAACGGAUAGACAGACACUGAUACAAUGCGUAUCGAUCGUCUUUCAUUCGGCCGCCACCGUAAAAUUCGACGAGGCCUUGAAACUUUCGGUCACUAUAAAUAUAUUAGGUACCCAACGUCUUAUUCAAUUGUGCCAUCGAAUGCACAAGUUGGAGGCUCUCAUUCAUGUGUCAACGGCAUACUGCAACUGCGAUCGGAAGGAUGUAGCUGAGGAAAUAUAUCCACUUGCGAAAGAUCCCGAACAAGUGAUCUCUUGGACCAAGUCAAUGGACGACGAGAUGAUCGAUGAAUUAACACCGAAAUUGAUCGCUAAUCGACCAAAUACUUAUACUUUUACCAAAGCUUUAGCGGAAAAAAUGCUUCAAGGAGAAAGUGGUUCUCUACCUGUCGCGAUUGUUAGACCAUCGAUUGUGUUAUCAGCCUUAAAAGAACCUGUCGCUGGUUGGAUAGAAAAUUGGAAUGGCCCUACUGGGAUCAUUGCGGCAGCUGGUCAAGGCUUCUUUAGAACAAUGUUAUGUCAUGAGAAUAAAGUAGCUGAUCUAAUUCCAGUCGAUAUAGUGAUCAACUUAAUGAUAUGCGCUGCGUGGAAAACUGCGACACAACAUACAGGCACCAUCACUAUUUAUAAUUGUUGUUCUGGUCAACAGAAUCCUAUCACUUGGAAACAAUUUGUUGAUUUAUCCUUCAAAUACAGUCGGAUGCAUCCAGUAAACAAUGCGUUUUGGUAUCCAGGUGGUCGGUGCCGUAGUUCCGCACUUUUAAAUAAAGCGUGCGUAAUCUUCCAGCACAUGCUACCUGCUCACACUUUAGAUCUUUUAGCUCGUCUGAAGGGCUCACGACCUAUAAUGGUUCAUAUACAGGCGAAGCUUUCCAAAGCCACUAAAUGCUUGGAAUACUUCAGUACGAAUCAGUGGAACUUUAGGGAUUCUAAUGUGAGGAGAUUAGGAGAACAACUGAGCUUAGAAGAUCGGCAGACAUUUAUGUUCGACGUCAAACAGAUUGAUUGGCCGUCGUACUUGGAACAUUAUAUAUUGGGAAUUAGACAGUUUAUUAUGAAACAGAACCCAAGCACACUGCCAGCUGCCCGCUCACAUAUUACAAAAUUAUAUUGGCUUCACAAAGCAGUACAGUUUGGAAUGCUGUUGAUAGUACUACAUGUUCUGCUGUUACAUAGAUCUAUGGCCCGUUCUGCCUCUUAUUCGCUCUUGUCUAUCAUACUCCGUAUGUGCCGCAUGAUUGUUUGACGGCUCAGAACUCCGGCCAACGAAUGUGAUAAACACAAAACAAAGCAGAAGCUAAUCAUAGAGCAUAAUUUAAAGGUGCGAAUUGUUCUUCGACCAUAUUGCUCAGCCUCCCCGACGAUAAAGCGCUAUCUUUGCUCCCAUGAGUUGGCCUUUUCGACAUUUCUAUUUGUUCGUAAAUAUUAGUAAUGACUAGGAAUUAUUUAAUAAAGAGUGUCGGUUACCGAGCUAUGAAAGAACAAGGUACGAAAUAUGUGAAUGUUCCCACAAUAUGGUAGAUGCAUAAUAAGCAUUCUUAUGCCAAUAAGAACGAUAGAUAGAUAGUUAUAUUAACGAGAGAUGUAGCCAUGAUUCAUCGUUCUCUGUCGUGUUCUUUAAUUUCUUUUUUUGAUAAAAAUUAUACAAUAUCAUUAUCAAUUAAAUAUAGUAAAUACAUGUAGAGGUACGCUAUAGAUUAUUUUUUUAUUAUAAUUGCUACUUUCAUCGUCGUUAUUAUUAUUUUUAUCAUUGUUAUAUUAUCGUUAUUAUUAUUACUACUACUAUUACUACUGCUGCUGCUGUUGCCGCUGCUGCUAGUGUUACUACUACACUACUAUUACUACUACUAUUACUAUUACUAUGACUAUUACUAUGACUAUUACUACUACUACUACUACUACUGCUACUCUACUACUAUUACUACAACUAUACCGCUACUAUACUACUAAUACUAUUACUAGCAUUGAUAUUGUCCAAUCUCUUAAAUUGUGUAAUAACGGUCGACGUACAUAAGUGAAAAUAUUUUCAAGUGAAUGUAAAUGAUGAAUAUCCAGCUAUAUACCAAUACCUCGUAUAAAAAAAAGCAUCGUAAAAAUACGAUUCAUUAUUAAUAUUGAUGCUUAACGGAACAACGUCAAUUCUGAAAGAAUAUCAUACAAGAGCAACAACAAUAACAACAACGACGAUGACAUUCACUUAUCAUUAAAUUAGACAUCCUUAGCGUAGCUUUUCGUGCGUAGUACACCCCGAUGAUUCAGCUACAAAAAAGAAACAAAUAUAAUUUAUGGUAGAUCAUAUGGGGAACACGCAUUCGUCAUGUUUUUAUAUGGUCGGUAUCUGACAUUCUUUUAUUUAACUCUGUGACGUAAGAUACCUAGGUAGAUAUUUUGCUACAUCCAUAUGACGUAAAGUGAUAACACGUCGUAAGGCAUCGUCGCUAUGAUUUAGAAUAAUUCUUAGAAAAAAAAAUCCUUGAGUCCUCCGUAAUGCAUUGGCGCAUACGAUGAAUUAUAACGAUAUAAAAUGGCGAUAUACGCAUAUAUAGCAAAAUGAUAAACAUAACUUACGUAUAUAUAUAUACAUAUGGAAGCUAGCGUAUUACGUCUUUUCAAGAACUGCCAGAGUUUUGCUGGAAAAUCUUGGCAAAAUUAAUGCAUCUUAUUAAAAAGAAGGAGAAAACAAAAAGGGAAAACAUAAUUAAUGGCAGCUUUGAGAGAUGUUCUUUUUAAAAAGAAUGUGCGUGCUAAAUAGAAAUGUUAAUAAAAUAUCUCUACGUAUCUUACAAAUUUUGUCACGAUAUAAACAUUUGGUAAAAGGAGGAAAAAUGGAGGAGAAUAAAACAAACAGGAAAAUAAUUAAAGAAAGAAAGAAAGCAAGAGAAAAACGUAAACGAAAAUAGAAAUUUUGAAGGCAUCGGCAACUUUUUACGUCUAUCUUCCAUUUAUCUUCGUAAAUGUGAAUCGUAAAGAAAAAGAACAAAUAAAAUUAAUAGAUUUAUAGUAGAAAUACAAACGUAACAGAAGUGCAAUAUACAUAAAUAUUUAUUAUUUAUCGAUCUUGAUAUUUAUAUUAUUAUUAUCAUUAUUAUAUUAACUCUUAUGAUGAUUAUUUAAUAAGAAAAAGACGACUUUCUAUAUAACAGCUUCCUACAUUUGGGCGUACUCGUUAGAUUCAUUCAUGUUCUUGUAUUUAUGAAUCCGCAAAACCCUAGUGUAAUACUAUUUCGCUUUAGAUGAUAAAUAGAUUUUAUUUCUUAUUCA